AUGGCUAAGAUCGGCUUCUUCGGUCUUUACUACCUGCUUCCCAUCGCCACGUUCGGAUGCUGGGUCACCGCGAUCGUCGGCUUGCUCGUCAUCUGGACCGUUCGCGACCAUGACCGCGAGUAUGAGCCGGAGGAAGCCUCGAUCGUGUUCAUCUCGGACGUCGGAGCGCAGCACAAGACCUUCUUCGUCAUCUUUGCCUGCUGCACCGCCGGUUUCUACAUCCUCACCACCCUCGCCGAACGACAACUGCGACACUCGCGUCGAAUCCCCGGCUCGAUUCGAAAGAAGCAGACCAUCUUGGAUAUUUGCUCCGUCAUCUGCGCCGUCAUCGGUUCCGCUGCACUGAUCCUGCUUAGCAUCUUUGACGCGUUCAACCACUCGCAGGUUCACUGGAGUAUGACGCUCAUCUUUGUCGUGUUUGUGGCGCUUUCGGUGCUGUUCCAGGUGCUGCAGGUGUUUUCGCUUUCGCACGAUUACGACCGAUUGGCGACGCUCAAGGUGAUCGCCAUCAUCAAGUCUAUCAUCCUGUCGCUUGCCAUUGCGGGUGCGAUCGCGUUCAUCGUCUGCUACGGUAUCUGCAGAGGCAAUGCGGUGCCAGGCAACAACCGAUGCGACAGGAUCGUUUCCGCCGCUGCGGUGUGCGAGUGGGCGAUCGCGUUCUUGCUCGCCAUCUUCUUCCUCACCUACCUCGUCGAUCUCUGGCCUGCUCACAGACGAGCCAAGAUGGGUCUCAGCCAAGACGGAACGAUGGUGGAGAACAAGCAGCUCGCCCAAGAACAGGGCGUGGCCGACAGACCUACUGCUCCUUACGCCAUCGAUGGUGUGAAGAACAACGACACCUACUACCCGAGUGAAGCUGCUCAGCAGUACCACGGCAACAACGAUGCUGCUUACAGUUCCGCUGCCGGUGCAGGUGCCGCUCAGCACGGCGUUCAACCGAGCCCCGCUGGUGCAGCUUACGCUCAGGACGCUAGCCCGUACAACGCUCCCUCCACCCUGCCCGGAUCGGAACGUGGAAGCCUCUACCAGACUCCCAUGACCGAAGCCCGUCCUUACCCCAACAACGACACCACCGGCGGCGCUUACUACCGACCCCAAUGA